CCACGGCAUUAUGUUUGGUGCACACUGCUACUGUUUGUUUUAAAUGUCAUAGUCUGUAUGUUUACAUGACUGCAAAAUGUAUAGAUAAUGCAUUGCAUGUCAUGAAUGUGUCAGUUUAAAGUGAAUGCUUUGCUACAGCUUCACCCUUACACACCUAAUGAUGGACAGAUUAAGAAGUAGAAUGGAAGUCAGUUUCUAUUGGCUGUGCUGAGAUUAACUUUCAUUGUCAUGCUAUUAGAGAGCUUUAAAUCAUUUAUUAACUGAACUGCACUGACCUUUUUGUUUAUUAUUUGCAUUGAGUGAACUUUGGUCAGUCCUUGAACACUUAUACCUAUAACUACCACAACUCUUAUGAAAAUUAACCAUGUUUUGUGGUAAAGUGUAGUAACCAUGUUUUAUGGUGUAUUGGUUACUAUUAGCAAAAGCAUGGUUUUACUAAAGUAAUCAUGUUUUUUUUAUUUUUAUAACUAGUGAAACCAUGGUUAAUUUUCAUAUGGGAACUUCACUUUCCAACUCUGAAACACCGGAAUACAGACUGAUUUUUGUAAGUGACCUUUAUUCUCAAUGUUUGAACGUGUAGCUAUGCAUGUAUAGCAUAAUCUGAGCUACAGAAGUACCAUGAAUAGGCAUGUCAAAGUGUUUUUCAAACAGUCUCCUCCCACUUCCUCUGGGGGUUUAUAAAGCAAACCAGCAGUCUGAGGAUUGUUUUUGUCCCACAGAAAAUCUGGAACAAUGUGGACGGCUGUGAGCAAUUUAGAUGCAUGUACCGUAAGCCUUGCUUUGCUUCUAGGCUUGAUCUCUUUAGUUUUGUAUGAAAUAUUUCGGAUUAAUUUCUCCAGAACCCAAAAUCCACCCGGGCCAACACCUCUGCCUUUUGUGGGAAACCUACCAAGUGUUUGGAAGAAUCCAAUGGAGUUCAUUAAAAUGAUGCCCAAGUAUGGAGAGAUGAGCACUGUGUUUAUAGGAAGGAAGCCAGCAAUAAUGUUGAAUACAAUCCAGAUCACCAAGGAAGCCCUGGUCCAGAAUGCUUCAUCUUUUUCUGGAAGACCACAUGUGCCGGUUCUAGAUUGGGUAACUGAUGGAUAUGGUAUAGUGAUGGCACAGUUUGGUCACUCCUGGAGACAACAGAGAAGAUUUGCUCUCCACACACUCAGGAAUUUCGGCUUGGGGAAGAAAACUAUGGAGGAGCGUGUGUUAGAAGAAGGACAAUGCCUGAUUGCUGAAAUGUGCAAAGCAAAAGGAACUGCAUUUGACCCCCAACAUAUGAUACAGAAUGCAGUUUCCAACAUGAUCUGUUCCAUCGUGUUUGGAGAUCGCUUUGAAUACGAUAACAAAAGCUUUGGAUAUCUUCUGAAAAUCCUCAACGAAAACAUCAUGAUGUCGGGGUCAUUCAUUGGACAGUUGUUUAACUUGGUUCCCUUCAUCAAGCACUUCCCCGGGCCGCACCAAAUAAUGCGCCAGAAUGCUGAUAAGUUAAAAGGUUUUAUUAGAGAAGCUGUUGAAGAACACAGAAAAACUCUUGACACGGACAACCCACGAGACUAUAUCGAUGCCUACCUGCUAGAGAUGGAGAAACAAAAAUCAACGGAGGACUCAACGUUUCAUGAGAUGAAUAUGGUUAUGACUGUGUGUGAUCUGUUUUUGGCUGGAACCGACACAACGGCGACCACUAUCAGAUGGGGUCUUAUCUUUCUGAGUCAAAACCCUGAUGUGCAAGAGCGAUGUCAUAAGGAGAUUGUUCAGGUGUUGGGUUAUGAUCGUCUCCCCAGCAUGGAUGACCGUGACAAACUUCCAUACACGUACGCCACUGUUCAUGAGAUUCAACGCUGCGCUAACAUCGCACCGUUGGGUGCAGUUCACGAAACCACUGAGCCCUCAAAACUACGAGGAUACGACAUUCCCAAGGAAACUCAGAUAAUAGUAAACUUAACAGCGAUUUUAAGCGAUAAAGAUCACUGGAAAUAUCCAGACACUUUUAAUCCAGAGAAUUUCUUAGAUGAUAAUAAAUGUUUCUGCAAACCGGAGUCUUUUCUGCCUUUCUCCUUGGGUCCAAGGGUUUGUCCUGGUGAGACCUUAGCAAAGACCGAGCUCUUCCUCUUUAUCACUUGCCUUCUACAAAAGCUUUGUUUCGCAUGGCCACCAGGUGCGGAGAGCCCAGAAAUGGAUGGGAUUUUUAGUAUGGUUCGCUCACCGCAACCGUUCAACAUCAUCUGCUGUAGCAGAGGUGCCAAUGAGUGAGCAACUACACUAUAAUGAAUAAAAAACAUCUUAAGAAAGGCUCCUAAAGUUCUCCUAGAUGUUUUGAGAUUUGAGUAAUGUUGUUAUAUGUUGUUGAAGAAGUUGACAUCUUAAGAUUACAUAAUGCAUUUAGCAGAUGCUUUUAUCCAAAGCGAUUUGCAGUUCAUUACAAUGUAUAUAUUUUAUUAAUGUGCCAUUAAGCUAUACAAGAAUUUAGAGAUGGAUAAAAAGUGUUAGCAGAUAUUUCACCUAUUUGUUGAACUGCACAUUUUAUUCAGUUGUCAUUGCCAUCCUGUAAUAUCACUGUGAAGUAUUUUUCUCUCAUGAUGUAAUCUCAGGUUGGAAUACCUCAAACAAGCCUGUACGGGGCAACAUUAGUACUGUGAUUGUUUUGUUACACAUUAUUAAUGGGUGGAUGGAUUGUAAGCACGUGUAAAACUGACUGAUGCUGAUGUCAUACUAUUAUGCACAUUAUU